AUGCAGCACACUGCGGCCUGGCUGAAGCUGCUUGAGGUGUACAUACAGCUGGGGGAGCAGAGCCCCCUCUGUAGGGUCAACCAGCUGCGGCGCAUCUCCUUCACUUUCUUGUUAGAGAGUGCCGAUGCCCUCGCUGCUGCUCCGCGGUCUUUGCAGUUUUUUAUUGAGGCUCAUCAGCAGCCUUUCUCUGCUGUAGAACCUCAGGCCUAUCACCAAACCCUCGUAAAAACGCUGCAGCGUCUCCUCGGCUUCUCUCCCUCGGGGCCCCAGCCCGUGGGGCCCUACACAGUGGAUGUACACCUGAAGGCUGGGGAUAUCGAUGAACCCCUUACACGCUUGCUGCAGCAGCAGCAGCAGGAAGGCCUUGCUCCAGACAGCAGCAGCAGCAGCAGCAGCAGCAGCAGCAGCAGCAGCAGCAGCAGCAACAGGGGGCGCGACAUCUGCUUGGACCUGUUGUCUGAGGGUUGUUACUGUCCUCUAUCGGGGGCCCUGCUGGGGGCCCCCCUGCUGAAGGCGCAGCAGCUGCAGCAGCUGGGGUGUAUCUACAGCAGCAUCAGAAGGCGGCAGUGGGUGGAAGCAGAUGCAGAGCAGCAGCAGCAGCUGCUGCUUCAGGCGCUGCAGCAGGCUGUUGAUAAAAACAGCAGCAGCAGCACAGCUGCGUAG